UCCUGAGGCCACGUUUCGCCAGUCGUUUGCGAAGCGUCGUCGUGAGCGGGUUGGAAAAUUGGACGGGAAAAGCUACGCUGCUGUUUGAUUUGUCAGGAAAAACAUGUGCGCCGAGUGAAACCGGGCUUCAUAUUAUGAACUAAUGUGGUGUGAUUAGAGGUGAAAAGAAUUAUUUUUGCAGUGUCAAAAACGUUGUGAAUACAUUACGUGAACUGUGUUGUGACGUUCGGAUUAUUUUUAAAAAUAAAACAAUCAUUUUGAUAAAAAAAAUAAACAUAACUAGAUGUUCAAAGUGGGAAAUCGGAAACCAAAAUACCGCAGCGAUUGCAAUAUUCGCAAAUAUUUCUUUCGCAUGUCAGUGACCAGUAGUUGCUCGAGCAGCUCGAAGUGAUUACCACACGUCAGACGGCACUUAGACUGCCUCUCAUUCCUCGGAUUGAAAUAUUUUAAGGGCACUCGAUAACUCUCUCUCUCUCUCUUUGUAAUGAAUUGAGUUUUAUCACACUACCCAUCCACAAGGAAAACAAACAACAAUACAUAUCCGCCGGGACCAAACAACAAGGACAUCCAACUGCACUUACCGGAUCCGGCAGUGUUUACGGUUAAGAAAGGAAACAGGAUUUGUUUACCCUCGCGUAGUGAAAACACCGCUCGUUGUGAGCUUGCACUCGAAAUCACAGUUAAACGAUCGAACGGAAGGUACGAAGUGGAAGGCGAGCGUUUCACGAAGCCAUAUCCUAGCGGAAAAGAACUGCUCUACAACGACGUCAUUCGCCUCCGGGAACACCGUGAUUUGAGCCAUCUCACGUUAUUCGCCGCGCCGAAUAAAGAGAAAUAUAUAAGAUUGGGUUAUUGCGUCAACCUAUGCUGGAUUUUCACCCCCAAAACAAAUUCAUUGGCUGUGUUAAACUACGUUUGAAUGAGCAAAUGACACAUUCACCAUCCUAAAACAGGACAUUGUACAGGCAACCUAAAAUUGAUCGAUCACAAACCCAAAACCACAACCGGAUUAAACUGAUUUGGCGGUGUCCAGCGGUGCACAGCGAAAGCGGAAAGAUAACUCAAAUUUAGUCCAUACAAGCCCCCGGAUCGGUGUUGCGGGAAGUCAGUGGAAAAUUUAAUAAAUAACCAAAACAACGGUGAGAAGUCCAAUUUGUUCAGUCUAGGGUGAACAUCCUGGAAGGACGACACCAUCCGUAUAGAAAUCAUCUGUAUCGCACCGAAAGCACUGAAAUACCGACGGCAACGCGAUGUGGAUCAGCGAAUGUGUUGAUGUCAGAACAGUCUUUCACGUGGCAUUUAUCACUAUGGCAGUAUCCAUCGCCCAAGUUACUACCGAGGAUUGCGGCCAGGAGGAGUUGGUCCAGUGUACCAGACCGCUGCAAGUACUUUCCGCUACCUCAGAGCUCUCCUUCGUCACGAAAAAAGAGGAACUGGAUAAACUUUGCCCGGAUCUUCACACAGGUCUGCACUGCAUACGAAGUUACACGAGGCGCUGUAUGAACAUCCACCAGAGGGACCACUUCAACAAGUUGUACCACGGCACCUACGAGGUGAUAAACGAGCUCUGCGAAGAAGGACCUUAUCAGGAAGACUUUCUCAGACAUGCACCCUGCAUGCGACACGUGAAGAAGGACUACGAGGUCUGUGCGGUCAGCUAUCAAAGCACAAUGGCCAAAAUCGGACAGACGGUGGCCAGCAGUACGGUCAGGCCCCCUCCUGUCCAGCCAACACCCAAUGCAGCGAUGUCGCUCUCGAUGAAUGACAUGCAGCAGCAGCAGCAGCAGCAUCACCACCGGCAACAUCAACAUCAGCCGAAUUAUACGAAAAGUGCCGAAGAGGCGGAGGAGGAACGACUCAAAACUGUUUGCUGCGCUUUCCAGAAGUACAAGCAGUGCUCGGAGUUUACGGUUCGUCACGCCUGUGGGGAUGAGACGGCACUUUUCACGCGCAAAUUCCUCGACAAAAUGUCCAACACGCUGAUGAGGAUGCAUUGCGUCGAUUACACAGCGGAGAGUGGCAAAUGCAGGGAUUAUUUCAGCUCCAGCUCGGCACGGAUCCAGCUGGCAGCAGGUAUCAAUGCUCUGUUGGCCACCCUCGUGUGUCUCGUGGUGGUGGUCAGUCGCGCGUUCAAUUGGAUCGUGUUAAUUUAAUUAGCCAUCGGAGAGAAAAGAAACACAAAUGCCACUCGUAGGAUACCUGGGGAGGGGGAGGGGACACCACUAACGCUACUAGUAAAUACUAACCGCUCGUCUAUACGGAACCCACUUGUGUGAUAAGCUAGGAGUGCGUGGAAUUGGCCGAACGAGAUAAAAGAGUGACACUAGGAUAAAUAUGAAAAGGAGAUGUUAUCAGGAGGAACAGAUUGUGCGUUGUUGAAAAAUACGAUUAUUGUUAAAAUACGAUUAGAAGUCUUUUUUUUUUUGCUUCCCGCACUUGAAUGGUUAUUGAAUUAUUUUAGUGUAUAUAAUUUCGCAUAACAUAAUUUAAAUUUUAAGACCCUUUUGGAGCUGAUUUUCCUUUCAGAUAUAAGAAUUAGUAAUCCAGGAAACGAUAGCUGCCAUGGAAAAUCACGAAAUUGUUAUGGAUGUUGCAUUUACGUUUUUAAUGAUAGUGAUCACAGAGUUAAAUAAACACUGUAACAAGAGGUUGCAAUCUUAGAUGAAACUAACUCUAUUUCUAAGAUAAACCAAAACAUCUACAGUGUUAAACACUAACUUUACUUAUUAUUGCAAUUGCUUGAAGGCGCCAUGCGCACUGCCUAUGUAAGACUGGGAUAACUCGUUCCACCGUUCCUUCAAACGACACAUAAGAGUUACAAAAAUAAAUGGAAAUAUUACUUGAUGAAGAAGUUUUCAUUCAACGAAUGUUAUACAUGAGUGAAUGUUGAAGACAAAAAAAUACGGAGACGAAAAUCUUGUUAGAGAAAAA